UGUUUUGUUAUUUUUCUUUGAGUUUACCUUCGAUCAACGCGGCUGUUUGUGAAGCAUAUAAGCUGAUCUGAGUUUAUGGCCAAUAUGACUGAGUUAAAAAAGGCAUGUAAAGUCCAAGUGCUUGUACGCUUACGACCAGAACAUUCACAAUAUAAAGAGGAAAGCAAUAGCGAUGGAAUUCCGAAGCGCUGUGUUCGCGCAGUUGAUUCCUCCACACUAGAGCUUUGGAACUGCAGAAAUUCUGAAGAGUCAAUUCGAUACCGUUUUCAUAAGUUUUUUGACGAAGACAGCACUCAGGAAAAAAUUUACCACAACUCAGUUUGUCCAUUGAUUCCCUUGAUGUUACAAGGACAAAAUGCCAGUGUGUUUGCUUACGGUCCUACUGGAGCAGGGAAAACACACACAAUGGUUGGCUCACCAGAUGAACCAGGGUUAAUACCAAGGUGUGCUGCUGAACUGUUCAAACUGAUAGAUACUCACCACCAGGAUCCAACUGUUCCAUGGAAAUACAAAGUUUUGUUUUCAUAUCUUGAAAUAUACCAAGAGAAGAUUAAAGACUUGUUAGAUCUCAAUAAGGAUGAUUUACUGAUAAGACAAGACCAGCAACAAAAUAUCUUCAUCCCAAAUUUGACAGAGAUGGAAAUAGAAACACUGGGUGAGUUUAUGUCCUUGUUCAUAAAAGCCAGCCACCAAAGAAAAACUGCAGCAACAAAGUUGAAUCCACAAUCAAGCAGAAGCCAUUCUAUUGUGUUGAUACAGGUUCAAAAACACAAACAGGUGGCUCCAGUCACAAAACUCAUUGGUAAGUUUCAUCUUAUUGACCUGGCAGGAUCAGAGGACAACAGAAAAACUGGGAAUGAAGGAAUAAGGUUGAAAGAAAGUGGUGCAAUCAACAGCUCAUUGUUUGCUCUUGGACAGGUUGUUGAUGCCUUGAACCAGGGUUUGUGUCAGGUACCCUACAGGAACAGCAAAUUAACACGCCUUCUUCAGGACUCACUCGGUGGUUCAGCACAUUCUUGUAUGAUUGCCAACAUUGCACCUGAAAUGAGGUUCUAUGCAGAUACGGUUAACACUCUGAACUUUGCUUCCAAGUCAAGAACUAUAGUUAACCAGCCAUUUGUCAGAAGAACAAUUGGCAAGUCGUUGGCCCAUAAGAGAUAUAGAGAUGUGGCUUUACCUCUGAGUCAGGCUAAACGACACAAGAUGGAUGAUUCUUCAGCAACACAUGAGCUUUCAAAGCCUAUCAGAAAGCCAAUUCUUGAACCACAAAAGCUCACCAUCCCUGCCGAAAUCCUUAGUCCUCUUAGAGUUGAGCAGGGGAAGAUACAUGAUCAUUUGGCUGCUCUAGAAAAAUUAGCUGCUGGACAGACUUUGACAAGGACGACAGUGCUAUCUGACAUCAAUGUGACAAAAGAGUCACCCAGGACUUCAAAUAGUGCUCUUGUUAAAUCCACACAGUGCAGUCAUCAGAAAACCAUGUUGACUGUGGAUGAAAAUUUAAAGGUCAAGAUUAACCCUCACUUCCAAGAGGCACAUAGAAACAAAAUUCUGAAGGUUCUGAAUGAUGGUACCAUAAUAGAGUUGAAAACACUUCAAGGUGUGGGUCAAAAGCGAGCAGAACUCAUAAUGAAUUGGAGAAGAGAAUAUGGGCCAUUGCAGCAGGUACAAGAUUUAAAACUAAUCAAUGGUUUCACAGACAAAAUGGUUACCUCCUUUCUUAAGAAUAAUCUUUUGAGCCAAAUCACAUUCAGCUCAGAAUAGAGCUGGCGAGUGAAUUGCUGUCAACACAUUUUCUGGGGGCUUCUUGCUUCAUGCCCUAUUCGCAUACUACGCUGUAGCACUGUUGAUAUUGAAAAUAUGUUAAUAUCAUGGAAAUGAAGUUCUCUAUAUUUGAGUAAAAUAAAUGUACAGAUUUUUUAUUGGGGUAGUUUAAAAAGCAUCAUGAAAAAAAGGAAAUUAACAUGUGCAGCUACGUUAAAGUGCUGUAGCUGCCGGUUUUUCUAUAGGAAACUUCCUUUACUACCGGUAUCUGUGUCUACUUCUAGAGUGAAAAACAGUCCAAAAAUACUCAAAUAACCAUGGACAAUUUUUAGUUUGGCAGAUGAAAACAAUAGGCACUUCAAUUCAAUAGCUGAUGUACUCAAUCACAAAUUUUUUUUUUUAACAAUUUAAAACAGUCAUGAGGAAAACGAGACAAGGAUGAGCUGAGCAGUUUGAUGACUUUAAAAAUUAAAAGUACAUUUUAUGACUGAUUUAAGUCUUUGUCAUUAAGAAGUAACCCUUAUUCACUAUAUCUGUGAUUAUCAAUUUCCCUUACUUUAACCUCGAUUGCAAAAAAAAUUGCAGGAUUUUCAAUUAGGAUCUUUUCAAUGAGAUUUUUUUAGUCAGAAUUAAGGUUAAUUUAAUGUCUGGAUGUACUAUAUAUUGUAGAGUAAAGGCCAUAAAGUCCAGCUCCACAAGGUAACAACAAAAGGCCUUUGGUAGUAUUUAUAUUUGGUAUGCAUGUCACUUUGUUGAUAGAAAGUUUUCUCUCUUCUGCUCUGAUGACCAACACAGUCAUACAUCUCCUUCAUAUAUCACUUUGAUUGAUCAAGAAGGAUUUUUAUAGGAAAUAACAUGAUUACUAGGAGCAUCUGGGAUAUACUAGAGGAGUGAUAUUUCCAAAUUACUCAAAGAGGUUCUUCAGUUGAUUAUCAUUUCCUUUAUUCUCGUGACCUAAAUGUGUGACUCAGGGGGGAUAUUGAAUGGAGAAAUUAGAUGCUAGUCACUCUCAGGGAUUAAAGUGUUAUUAGCUGUACACAUUUUCAUGUAUAUACUCCUUGCAUUUGUUAGCAACAAUAGCUAAGAUUGUUAGGAAAGCAAACAAACAAGUCAACAGAAGACAGUGAAAUGAGGGAAACUGUAAACUUUACCAUGUGAUAGAAAAAACAUCACAGAAUACUUAAGAGGGGAAACUUGAAUUGUGCUAGCUAAUUUCCUCUAUUGCUGUUCAUGUUUUUGAUCAAAUAAAAUUUAACCCUUUAACUCCCAGUUCAAAUUUGUA